CCAACGAAUCUAAAACGGUGGAUUGCAUGUCAAGCUUCCCCUGGCCAAUAACACUACUGCUCUGAGUGCUCUCUCUCUCGCUUCAGGUGUGGUCUGUACUCUGUUGGGUCUCUUCCUAAGUUUCCUAUUAUUUGCUUUGAUUUUUAUUGGGUUUUAGGGUUUUGUUUCAAUGUUUAUGGCUGUCUCUUGAGGUUUUAGUUUUCCUGUUAAACCUUACCUGGUAAUUUCUUCUCGUUUUGUAUGCUAGGGUUUUCUUGGUUUUGUUUUUUUCGUUUUUGUUUGUGGGCUUACAAUCUGGGUUUAUUCUGUUAAGAACAGAAUUUGAUUUUUUAUUUUUACUUUUCCUUUCCAUUGUUUCGUUUGAAGGUCGUAUUUGCAGCAAUUGGGUCAUUUCAGAGUAGUUAUCUGAUAUAUAUCCCCACGCGUUAAUAGAGUCUGAUUUCUCAUCGAUUUGGUGAAAGUUCAUCGCAUCGUUUGUCUGUUUUCCUUAAUUUGAUAUUUUUCGUUGGGGGUUUUAGGCGUUUUCAGGAUAUUCUUAAAAUCUACUAGAGCUUGUCCCACGUUAAUGUUAUCUGCGGUUCCUUUGAAAAAAAAAUAUUAGUUGGUUGAUUUGUGUUCUUACUUUUUCCCAUCAAACAAUUCAAACAAAAGUCUAACACUGCUACUGUCUUCCACCAAAACAAUCAACUGACAAUAAUUAGAAUGUGACUAGAAUGAAACUUUACACAAAAGUAAGGAAAAAAUUAAACCGUCAAGUCCAAUGCCAAAACAAGAUCUUCCAAUAGAGCCUCCCCCGAUUCUUGUAACCAAUAUAAUCAAUUUGGUGCAGUUUUGGUUUCAUGAAUCGGGGGAGGCCUGGCAUUGGACUUUUCAUUUUUUUUCUUUUUUGUGCAAACCCUCUUGCAUUCUAUUUAGACUUAGAAUUGUUUUGGUGGAAGACAGUACUGUGGGACUUCUUUAUGAAUUAAUUGAUGGGAAAAAAAAUCGCUGCUGCCUUUGGGGUUUCAAUUUCAUCCAACUGAUGUUGAGCUGGUUAUGUUCUAUCUAAAGUGGAAAAUAAUGGGGAAGGGGUUCUGUUUUGAAGCCAUUGCAGAGGUUGAUAUCUACAAGUUUGCCCCAUGGGAUCUUCCAGAUAGACCAAGCUCGAGAAGUUGUGAUCUUAAAUGGUACUUCUUUUGCCCAGUGGAGAAAAACAAAUACUCAAAUGGGGCUAUAAUGAAUUGUGCAACUGAAGUUGGGUACUGGAAAAUCAUCGGAAAGGAUAGGCCUGUUCAUCACAAUGAAGAGUUGGUUGGUUUGAUAAAAACUUCAAUUUUUCACAGUGGAAAAGCACCACAAGGGGAACAAACGAAUUGGGUUAUGCGUAAGUAUGGACUGGAAGAUAAGAAUAUGGCUAAUAAAGGAGUUAUUCAAAACACGCAUGUGCUUUGUAUGAUUUUCCAGAAGGAUGGCCUAGGCCCUAGGAAUGGUGCCCAAUACGGCACACCAUUUAAGGAGGAAGAUUGGAAUGAUGACAAUGAAGUCAACUGUGUAGAAGCUGGCCCUACUCUUUGUUUUUCUACACCAACCUGUGUGCUGCUACUGACUGUAACAGUUUGGCUAUCACGUGUACCCUUUUUUGGAUGGCACAUUUUCUGAGUCAUGUUUACCUCAAACUAUGGCAUCUGACAGCAAGGGUCUUCCAGCAGUUACCACUAAUGACAGUGUUAUAGAGGAGUUAUGUAUAGUUCUUGGUGAUGUUGGUAUUCUUCCAGCAGGGCAUGCUGAUACUUCGUUAGAGCGAUUUGGGAUGGGGUAGUGGAGAAGAUAGAGAAAAGACUGGCUGGUUGGAAAUGGAUGUACUUAUCGAAAGGGGGUCGACUCACUCUUAUUAAGAGCACCCUGACGAACCUUCCCACUUAUUUUCUAUCUUUGUUCCCAUUGCCAGCAGGGGUGGGAAACAAAAUUGAGAAACUCUUUAGGGCGUUCCUUUGGGGGGGUAUGGGGGAGGAGAAGAAAUUUCAUCGGGUUAGAUGGAAAACAGUUUGUGAUCCAGUCGUACAGGGGGGGUUGGGAGUAUGUGACUUGAGAACUUUCAAUAAAGCUCUUUUGGGGAAAUGGUUAUGGAGAUACCAAUCGAAGGGAGAUGCAUUGUGGAAGGAAAUCAUUGUCGCUCUCCAUGGAGAUACUUGGGGCGGUUGUGUUCCAACGAAGGGAGAGGGGGGUAUGGUGUGGAUUUAUGGAAGUUUAUAAGGAGGGGGUGGUCUUGUUUCGAGAAUCAUAUUCGAUUCGUUGUGGGAGAAGGCAAUAGAAUCAGUUUUUGGCGGGAUGUGUGGUGUGGAGAGCAUGCUUUGGAAAAAGCUUUCCCAAACCUUUAUAGUAUUGUUGCUAAUAGAGAGGCUUCGGUUGCGGAUAUGCGGUCCCUCUAUAAUGGCACUUUUCAAUGGGAUGUUCUUUUCAACAGGGACUUUCAUAAUUGAGAAUUAUCUUCUAUUUCAGAUCUUUUCAGCCUUCUAUACUCCAUGGGGACUCCUAUGGCACAGUGUGACCGUGUGAAGUGGAGGUUUAAUAAUCAGAAGAAAUUUACGGUAAAGGAGUAUUACAAAAUUUUGACCACACAAAACCACCCUCCGUUUCCUUGGAAGAAUAUUUGGCGGUCGAGUGUACCCUCCAAAAUAGCAUUCUUCGUCUAGAACGCAGCACUUGGGAAGAUCUUGACCACGGAUAACUUGAGGAAGAGGGGGUGUGUAAUGAUGAAUUGGUGCUAUAUGUGCAAAAAGAAUGGAGAAUCUGUGGAUCACCUUCUAUUAAAUUGUGAAAUCACAAGGGAGAUAUGGGAUGGGAUUUUCCAAAGGGUCAACAUUGCUUGGGUUAUGCCUUUGAGGGUAGUGGACAGCUGGGGAGUUGGAGGAAGAUACAAGGUUGCCAACAAGUGGCAGCAGUAUGGAAGAUGAUUCCACUAUGUAUCAUGUGGUGUAUCUGGUUGGAAAGAAAUGCGCGCUGUUUUGAAGACAAGGAACGCACUAUGGAGGAGCUAAAGAACUUUUUCUUUCAAACUUAAUUGCUUUGGUUCUUUGCUAUUGUACUAAAUGGGGACAAUGUUCAUGAUUUCUUGUCUUUGAUUCCUAGCUCGUAGAAUGUUUUUAGGUACCUGAUGUAUACUUCCUGUAUACAAAGGCCAUGCCUGUUUUUUUAUGAUCAAUAAUAUUUAUCUUUUACUUAUAAAAAAAAAAAAAAAAAAAAAAAUUAUUGGUGAUGAUGUCUUAUUGAAAAAAAAAAAUAUAUUGGUGAUAAUGUCCUUUCAAGGCUUGCUUCCUUUAUGGAAGACAAUACUUUGAUCUCGAAUGAAGAUGACAAAAAUAAACUAAUGAGGAUGAUGCCCUUUCAAUGCUCGCUUCCUAUAUGGAAAAUAGCACUUUGAUCUAGAAUGAAGAUGACAAAAAUAAGUGUGACAUUUUUAAGGUCCAGAUGUGGCUUGGGAUUUCAUUAGAGCGUUACAAAUGGUAUCCGAUUCAGGUUUCAAUCCUAGGACUUGUAGAAUUGGUGACAUCCGAUAAAAUUGGAACGAUAUGGCGAAGAUUAGCAUGGCCCCUACGCAAGUAUGACAUGUACAAAUUGAGAAAUGGUAUCAAAGUUUAUCCCAAUCAGAAAUGUGGGACUUGCCAAGAAUAUAAGGGAGGAAGAUUGUGGUACCCUACAUUGACUGAUAAGUGAUUAGAGUAUGUGGUGCAUGGGAUAUCACAUUGUUUAGAAAUGAGAAGUUCUUUAUAUAAUAGUUCAAAUAGGAUUCUAAUUAUAUUAUUGAUUAGUUCUUUUAGAGUAUAGAUCCAAAUGUGGCUUCGGCUUCCAUUGACGUGUUAAACAUGGUUAUGGAGUAAAUGAUCAGCUGUACUUCAUUUUGAUGGAUUUGAUAUUUACAGACUUGGGAGAUCUGGGGAACACUUGGACCGAUGGAAAAUGUAUACAGCUUCAAUUGUAGGAAGCUUAUUUCCUCUGGACUCUGGUUUUUAUAAAUCUGAUCUGGAUCAGCCACUGAAUUUUCCCAUACUUCCCCCACAAGACUCAGUAUAAUUAUUGUACAACAGUGUAUUUUGUAUUGAUCCAAUUUUGCUCUACCGUGAAAAAUCUGAUCGGUUGAAACUUGCCAUA